AUGACAGAUUCAUUAUUCUCAGCAGAAGACUUUUCUAAAGAAGUAGCAGUCUCCUACCUCCCCUUCAAAACCAAACUAGUCAUCGACAGUAUUCCCGUCAAAUCCUCCACUCAAACAAAGACCCACAGCAAAAUCUAUCGUAAUCGUGCUUUUCCCAAACGGAUAAUCAACAACAUUCAUCCAGAACUCAACACUCAUCAUAAAUUAUUCGAAAAUGCCGCUGGUUUAUUCAAAGAUCGGGAAUGUUUGGGUUGGAGACCAUAUGAUUAUCAUUCCAAAACUUCAGCUGAUCAUUUUGAAUCAUUAACGUAUGGUCAAGUGAAUGAAAAGAAGAAAAGAAUCGGUUCCGGGUUGAUUAGAUCAUUAUUGGCAAAUCCUUAUAAGAAUAAUGAUUUGGUUGCACAUAAAAAGAUUCUUAAUCACUUAAGAGAUUGGAGUCAUUAUGGAACCCCAAUUACGCAAAGGCAAAAUACUGAUUGUCAGAUUGAAAAGGCAAAUUCAUUUAUUUUGUCGAUUUUCGCUACCAAUAGAAUGGAAUGGAUCUUGACUGAUUUAGCUUGUUCGAGUUAUUCAAUCACCAAUACGGCUUUAUAUGAUACUUUAGGUCCAGAAGCUAC